AUGGGGAGAGACAGGGCAGGGAGAGAGGGCCCGAGGGGCGGAGCCUCCUGGCGAGGCAGCGGUGCCCAGAUGUCUGAGCAGAUUAAUAGACCGAGGUUUCUUAAUUCCUCCGAGGCACCGGAGCACGUGUGCUACUCGAGAUCCUUACCUUCUCCUCUUAAUUAUUUCUGCCACUCCGGCGGGAAUCCACGGAGCGCUUUCCUUCCGGAGCGGCGGACCUUUCUCCCCAUCCUCAGGCAGCCACGGAAGGUCCAUGGCACCCCCUGCAGGCCCGGGCUCCUGACAUUGGGCUGCCUGGGCCCUGGCAGGGGCGCCUACAGCUCCCACUUUGGAAAACGCCCCGCUUCCUACUUUCAGACCCUCACUCCCCAGCCGCCCUCCUCCCCGCGGGAGGAGCCCAUCCAUCUCCUGUGUCCGUAG